GUAUUGAUCUGCGGCGACCUUGACCCCAGGAAUCAUAAAUAAUAAUCAACAAACAACAAACAGUCCAUUUUCGAACCAAUAAAGGGGUUUGGUCACCGGAACAAUAUUGGAAAUUAUACAUGGCUGCUGCUUCACGGACCUCUAAUAUAAGUUGCGUUGUUGAGGAGACUGUCAUUGUAUAGUGUGGCUAAAUAUGGCUGUUAGUAUUACUCAGGUAAAAGCGGAAAUGGCGUUCAUUUAAUGACACUUGUAGGGGUUUUGGUGGAAAUGCCCUUGAAGCAAAUAUCUGUGGGAUCCAACAACAAGCCGAGGGGAGUUGAGAUGGAACGGGAGCCAGAAGUGGGGCUAGAUGUGGUGGACAAGGAAAGCAUAGGGGCUACAGGCGGCCAGAAACCAGAGGAAAGUUGUGAACAGAAUCUGGAACAUAGUAUACAGAGUGAAUUCGAAAAGACAGAGGAUAUAGCAUUGACUAAAGUGUCUGUAAAUCAAGUCUGGGGCGAGAAAUCUGAAGGUGCAAGUCCUCAUGUGGAAGCUAAAACUGUGAUAAUUGGAGACACAAACUCAGAUGGUUUGUCAGAAGACACAAGUCACAAUGGGGACACUCACGGAGACCAAGCCCCGGGGGUAGACAGUAACAUGGCAAACCAAAACCCUUGUGAUGGGGAUAAACGCUCCAGUGGGAAAAGCAAUGGCAAACCAGGGAAGAAGGAAAAACCUUCAGCACUUAAGAAGAAAGACAGUGAAACACAGGAGACCUUACACCCAAACUCUCCGACCCCAAUCUCUGUAGAGCGAUGUGAGUCGUCACUGUCUAACAUGGACAUGUGUCGUAUCUGUCAAUGUGACAGCUGUGAAAUCCAAAAGGAGUCUCCCCUGAUCUCCCCGUGCCUCUGCUCAGGCAGCCUUAAGUUUGUACACCAGGCGUGCCUACAGAAAUGGAUCAAGAGCUCUGAUAAACUCACCUGCGAGCUCUGCAUGUAUGAGUAUCACAUGACGAAGAAAACAAAAUCAUUCCGAGAGUGGGAGAAGCUGGACAUGACACCGCAAGAGCGCAGGAAGGUUGUGUGCAGCGUGACGUUCCAUGUAAUCGCGAUCACAUGUGUGGUCUGGUCCCUCUACGUGCUCAUUGACCGCACAACAGAGGAGGUUGAGGCCGGCUCGCUGCUCUGGCCGUUCUGGACCAAGCUCAUUGUGGUAGCCAUUGGCUUUACAGGUGGCGUCGUGUUUAUGUAUGUGCAGUGUAAGAUGUAUCUUACACUGUGUAAGAAGUGGAGAAUGUACAACAAGGAGAUUCUCGUCAGCUCUAUAUCAGAUGGACAUCGGGAAAAGGCCAAUCACGAGGGCAUCCUGAAAAUGAACCAAAAGCAAGCUCAACAAGUUACUACUAUGUUUAGUAUAGUGCGAGAAACAGAAACUGUUUGAUUGCCGAGGAUAUUAUUUAAUGUUUUGAUUUUGUUUAAAUUUUUGUCAGAUAUUUUAUAUGUUUUUGUUUUUGAAAGAUGCUUUAGUGACUUUUAUUGAUCUGAGAACAGGGGCCUUAUUUAUAAGCAUGUCUGAGCUGAGAUAAACUUCAGUGGGAAUGUCCACUAGUACAAUUGAACCAUUCAAAGAAUAUAACAGAGGUCACUUGUGGACAUGUGAAACUUGUGAAAUCAUUCAAACCAUAAUCAUUAAUGGAUAAUAAUUGCCCAAGUUUAUAACAUCUUUCAUAAAUGCUAAAUAAGUACAUCUAUUCCUUGAUUGAAACGUACCACCCAGCACAGGAAAGGCAAAAGAAAAAAAUAUAUAUGGGGGAGGUUCCUGUUCAUUUUUCGAUCUUUUUCUGAUUAAUUAAUUAAAUUUUGAUGGUCUAAUUUGAAACUGCCUUGCUUGGGUGCAUUGUCUUUCAAAAUUAAAAAGCAUUAAAGUUAAUAAUAGGGCAAUCUUUUAAAGAAACUUUUUCUGCUUUCCAAAACCUUUACAUAAAAGAAUAGAUUUGUUUGCGGCAUAUUAUUUAAUUUUCUUGCUUCUUUAUUUAUCUUUUAUUUGACUCGAGUAAUUUGCCAAUGAUUUGACCAUUAACACAAUUUGUAUUUUUGUACUAUAAAAUGUUUGUACAAAUCAUCUAGUAUCAUCAUACAUAUUGCCAAACAUAUCAUAUCACCAGCUAUUUCUGCAUUUUUGAAUGUUUGUUUCUGGAUUUGCAUUCAGUACCUUUAUUGCUCAUGGGGUUUGUAACUUUUACCGUUAAAAACUACACCUGAAAUGUUGGGUUGCCUAAUUUGAAACGCUCACAGAUUCCCUAAUAGUCAAUGAUAAUGUGCUCUGACAAAAUCUAAAGGUGAUAGUCAAUGAUAAUGUGCUCUGACAAAAUCUAAAGGUGAUAGUCAAUGAUAAUGUGCUCUGACAAAAUCUAAAGGACGUUAGGUAAUAGAAAAGUUUUGUGAUUUUACAUAAAAAAAUAUUGUUCCUAUGUUGUUUUGAGCGGGCGAAAUGACUUCUUUAAUCAUACAGGGUUUUCUUGUUCCUUAAACAUAUCUAAACAUUCCAUGUGAUCAAUCAGAAUGUUAACCUACAGAAUAAAAGGACUUAUAUAUACAUAAUUCACAGUGGUGAAAACAUGAGUUUUCGAAAAAAAAAAGUGCGAAAGUGAAUAUAAUUCUUGAAGUGAAUGUGCAUUCUGUAAGGAGUGUAAAUGUAUGUAUAUGCAGUUUUAUUUGAUACUUAAAAACAUAUUUAUGUUUUUACCCAGUAUAUGAUUUUCAAGUAUCUCACUAUAUGUAGUUGUUUAUUUAAGGGUUCAUGUGAUGAAGAGUUCAACUUUGCCUUUUUGUUUUUUAUUUAUACACAAAACUUGAAACAAAAUGUCCUAUCUUAUUUUUAUAGACCAUAGAGUUGCAUUUAAUUUAUAAUUUUUGAUUUAGGAUAUAAAGCUUAAACAGUAGAAACCUUUGGCUGGAACUCCCAAGGGACUGGCGAAAAAACACCUUGAUAUUUGCAAAAUUUAAGCCAUUUAGAAGCUAAGCUCCAGUAUAAAAAAUUCUAGCCAAUUAGGAAUUUGAGCCAAACGAGUUCCACUGUAAACCGUAAUGUUUACAUAAUGAUUUGCCAUAUAAUUACAUGUUUCCUUCUAAGUAGUGGUUACCACGCCUCUGAAAUGCUUUUUUACCGACAUGUGGCUAUAGAUAAGUUACGGUAUAACAUUAGUUUCAUCAAAAUAUUUGACAUUUUCCUACUCAGAAAUGUAUUUAGAUAAUGAAUUAUCAGGUAUAAGAAGCUUUGCCUAGAUUUUUUCAUGAUACAAUCAUGAAAUAUGUAAAGAAUACUGUCAUGAUUCCAUAUUGACGUGCAUGUGCUAAUAGACAUUCUGUGGGUUCUUUCCUAUUUACAUCCUUUUCUUACCCGGACUCAAAUAAGUAUUGAAAUCCAAUACUGCACUUAAUUUGUGUUUUUCUCAUUUCUUUCAUUUAUGCUUAUAUACAGGUAACACAAUACCAAUAUUGUUUAUUACCAAAAUGUGUCUGAUAUAUAUUGCACAGACUUAUUAAAAUGACCCUCACAUGGUGCAUAUUUAAGGACAUAUAUGGUAAAUAGGUUAUUUACCCCUUGCUAUUUACAUACUAGUAGUACAUAAAUGUAUAUUUCAUUGAAAUGUACUCAUUGACAUAAUAUCAUUUAAUAAGCCUUCUAUAUAUGACUGUGCUCUAUAUUUUUACCUCACAUCAAGAUCAUGAAUUAAUGUGUAAUUAGCAGUUUGUUGAUAAAAAAGUCCAAUUGUUGUCUUAACAUCAUCAUCAUUGUUAGAGGGGUUGUAAAAGUGCAAACGCUUUAACAUUGUUCAUAAACAAAAUAUCCUUGUUUUUUGCAUGAAACUUCUUGCACAUGCUUACAGUGACAAACUCGUCCAAAGUUUUAACUGUAGCCUUAACUCAAUAACCAUUCAAGAUAGACACAUGUAACCAGUGACAAUACACACAAAAAGGGAUGGGCUACAGCAUCCCCUUCCAUGCUCUUUAUGUAAAAUACUAUUGGAAUAUUAAUGAAACAAUAGUUCGCCACUGCAAUUUGGUCAGUGGAAUUUAUUGUUGAAAUUUCACUCCAAUGUCUGUAUGUCUGGUUCUUCCAGUCUAUGGUAGCAUCAUGGUUUAUACUAUAUCAGGUUAGGCUUGCCAUUGAAGUGGUUGUUUGCUGCAGUUCUUUAUUUUAAGGACUCCAAAUAAAUAAGUGCAAAGUAAUGAUAUGUAUAAGGUUAGAAAUGUUCAUAUAUUUAUAACAUGACGUUGUAAGGAUGUAAGCAAGUAUGUGCCUAUUAUCACACUGGUCAAAUGUCCAAUUACAGACAUGUUUUAAUGUGUGUGUUUUUAGCUCAACUGAGCAAAGUGCUUAGCUUUGAGCUAUUGUGAGAGGGUGAUUGUCCAUUGUCCGUCAUCAACAUUUGCCUUCAAACCACUUCUUCUCCUAAAUCACUAGGACAAUAACCAAACUUCACAUUUCAUUGGGUACUACUUUUUGAGAUUCCUUCAAUAAAACUGGUUCCAUGCAUGCCUCUUGUUGCCAUGGCAGCUGAAAGAAAACACUUUGAAAAUCUUCUUCUUUAAAACUGCUGGACAACAUUAUUUAUUAUUAUUAAUCGUAAAAAAACAUGGCUGCCAGGGGGCGGAACUACUUUUACUAUAUAUGUCUAAAUGGAAAACUUUGAAAAUCUUCUCCUCAUAGAUCAGCUACCCUGACUUUUAAAAUAAUUUCACGGAAAUGUUCCUUAGGUGACCCUCUAUUAAAUUCCUUCAGACCAUGUUGAUUCAUAAAAAAAACAUGGCUGCCAGGGGCGAGGAGACUUCACUAUAUGUCUUUAUAGUAAACUUUGAAAGUCUUCUUUUAAAGUCAUAAGUUAUGGCCGUUUGUAAUAUUUAAAACAAAAACAUAUUUUUCAUGUUAUGUUACGCCUAAAAAAACGAGACAUAUUAUUUUUUUCACCUGCAACAUCCAAUAUGUUGUCUGAUCAGUUACUAAGAAUCCAAGCAAGUGAGCGAUAUAGGGGCCCUCUUGAGUUGAAUUACUACUUGAGGUGAUAUUUCAAAAGCAUGAACAUUCCUUCAAAUAUUUUGGGUACUUAUUGCAUAGUUUUAUAAAGUAAAAAUAAUGCUCUGAUAUAUUAAACUUAGUUUAGCCAAAAAAAGAUGCCUAGCAACACCAGUCAUUUUAAAGCUGCACUCUCACAGAUAUACCAUUUUUACAACUUUUUUAUUUUUUGUCUUGGAAAGAGCAAAAUUUUGCGUAAAUAUCUGCAAACCAAUGAUUUAAGAUUGCUGACAAAAAAUCAGAUGGUAGAUUUUCAUACUUCUGUUCGAAAAUUAAUGUUUUAUGGCUUAAACCUAUUGGUUUAAGAAAAAUGCAUAAAACAUCAAUUUUUGAACUUAAAUAUAAAUAUCAGCAGUCUUAUUUAACUACCCGGUAGUUUCCAUGGAUUUUCACAAAAAAAUGGCUCGUUCCAAGACAAAGAAUAAAAAAGUUGUCAAAAUGUUCACUCUGUGAGAGUGCAGCUUUUAUACAGUAGAGUGCCUGAAUAUUAGGAUGCAUUUAGUGACAUAGUAUUUCCCUACCAAACUCACCAUCACUGAAAAAAAAAAAUAAUUUAAAACAAACAAUUACAACAACGUCUUACCAGAAAACUUUUUAUUACUUCAACAACUUCUCUAUAAUAGUAAUACUUUCAUUCGAACACAUUACUUAAUUGCCCAACUCCCCCUUGUGACACGUCUUUUGAUUUAUCAAGUGGGAAGAUUCCAAUGUCUAUCUAUUUCAUAAAAUAUCACUGGAACAAUGAAUUUUGAUAUAUUUUGUUGUUUUUAAUGACAGAUGAUUUUUGUUUUAAAGGUAAUUUUACUAUUUAUUUGGUGUCUGCUUUUUGAAGCUCCGUCUGGACGAAGGCACUUGCCAAUUACAUUUUCGUUUGUCUUAAUUAUAACCUUUACUUUCUGUGAUAGUUGUUUGUGUUUGGGCUGUGAUGAGUUGUUUUUUUUGCAGAUCUUAGUGGAUGUUAUUUUAUGUUUUAUUAUCAAUUGAUGUUGUUUUUCUCUUUUGUUCAUUAUUUUAUUAAACCCAUUUUCAAAUCGUAGUACCGUAUUAUAUCAUGUAUAGGACGCUAGCAUAGAUAGGACGCAGGCAAAAAAAUAGUUGAGAAAACGGGUAAAAACCCUUAAUAUAUAAGAUAGGACGCAGCGGAAAAAUGUCAAAAUCGGAGCCGAAAAAUUGAGGUUGGUCAAGUAUUUAUAACAUAUAUAUUGAAGUAAAAAACAAACAAAAAAUUGUAUAUAAGGCAUAUUUUGGUAACUGUCUUGUGU